UCAAUUCCUUUCUCCCUUCUCUCCAUCCCCAUCUGCAAAUCCCCAAUCCAGCCAUGUCUAAUCGCCACAAGGAGAUGCUCCGCCGCAGCUACAAUGGCGACGCCGACAACACCACCGAUUCCUCAGAUAUGGAGGGCGAGGAGGAGGAGGAGGGGGAAGAAGAAGGCAGAGACGGAGGAGGAGGAGGCUGCGGCGGGGAAUCGGAGGACGAGAAGAAGGAGAUGAAAUCGAAUGAAGAGAGCGGACGGCAGUGGUGGUGGUGGUGGCGGUCGCGCCGGCGCCGGCGGAGGUUGGAAUCUAGAGCAGCUAAUUGGAUGCAGGAAUGGAAUAGGAUAUUCCUUCUGGUGAGCGCGGCGGCGCUGUUCGUGGAUCCGCUCUUCUUCUACGCCCUUUCCAUAAGCUACAACUGCAUGUGCCUCUUCGUCGACGGCUGGUUCGCCGUCGCCGUAACCGUCCUCCGCUGCAUGACCGACGCGCUGCACCUUUGGAACAUGUGGCUACAGUUCAAGGUCACGUGCCGCGCACGCCUCAACUACUUCGCCUUCAGAAACCGAUUCUUCUUCGACCUCUUCGUCAUUCUUCCACUUCCCCAGAUAGCAGUGUGGGUGGUGAUUCCGAAACUGCUGGAGAAAGGAUUUACAACAGAGAUCAUGACGGUGAUGCUGAUAAUGUUUCUGUUCCAAUACCUCCCCAAACUCUACCACUCCGUCUGCUUGCUCCGCCGCAUGCAGAAUCUCUCCGGCUACAUUUUCGGUACCGUCUGGUGGGGGAUUGCUCUCAACUUGAUCGCCUACUUUGUAGCUUCCCAUGCAGUGGGGGCGUGCUGGUACCUGCUAGGGAUCCAAAGGGCGGCAAAAUGCCUAGGGCAGCAGUGCGCCGCCGUGAGGAGCUGCGAGCGGCGGAUGAUGGCGUGCGAGGAGCCGGUGUACUACGGCACGAAGGAUAUCAUCAGCGAGGGGUCGAGGUUCGUGUGGGGUGAGAACAGGAGCGCCAGAUCUACCUGCCUCGAAAACUACGAUAACUUCGAUUACGGAGCCUACAAAUGGACUGUUCAGCUGGUCGCCAACGAGAACCGGCUCGAAAAGGUUCUGUUCCCCAUAUUCUGGGCCUUGAUGACUCUCAGCACCUUCGGGAAUCUGGAGAGCACCACCGACUGGCUGGAGGUCGUCUUCAUCAUCAUCGUCCUCACCGCCGGCCUCCUCCUCGUCACCAUGCUCAUCGGCAACAUCAAGGUCUUCCUCCACGCCACCACUUCGAAGAAACAGGCGAUGCAGCUGAAGAUGAGGAACAUCGAAUGGUGGAUGAAGAAGCGCCGCCUGCCGCAGAGCUUCAGGCAGAGAGUCAGAAACUACGAGAGGCAGCGCUGGGCCGCCAUGCGCGGCGUCGAUGAAUGUGAAAUGACCAGAGACCUCCCCGAAGGCCUCCGCCGCGACAUUAAAUAUCAUCUCUGCCUCGAUUUGGUCCGCCAGGUCCCCCUCUUCCAGCACAUGGAUAAUCUCGUCCUCGAGAACAUCUGCGAUCGCGUCAAAUCUCUCAUCUUCACCAAGGGAGAAACAAUAACUAGAGAAGGCGAUCCGGUGCAGAGGAUGCUGUUCAUAGUGCGAGGGCAUCUCCAGAGCAGCCAAUAUCUGCGCGACGGGGUGAAGAGCUGCUGUAUGUUGGGGCCGGGAAACUUCAGCGGCGACGAGCUGCUCUCAUGGUGUCUCCGGCGGCCGUUCGUGGAGAGGCUGCCGCCGUCGUCGUACACGCUGGUGACGCUGGAGACGACGGAGGCGUUCGGGCUGGAAGCGGAGGACGUGAAGUACGUGACGCAGCACUUCCGCUACACAUUCGUGAACGAGAAAGUGAAGAGGAGCGCCCGUUACUACUCGCCGGGGUGGCGGACGUGGGCGGCUGUGGCGAUACAGCUGGCCUGGAGGAGAUACCGCCACCGCCUGACGCUGAGUUCGCUGUCGUUCAUCAGGCCGCGCCGCCCGCUCUCGCGGUGCUCCUCCCUCGGAGAAGACAGGCUCAGACUUUAUACAGCUCUGCUCACAUCCCCCAAGCCCAACCAGGAUGAUUACGAUUUUUAAUUAAUUAGUUAAUUUACUUAAUACUGCUAUUACCCUAAUUAAUUAUACUGUAAUUAUUCCUUGCUUUACAUCUAUAAUUAGCUUAUGCCUACUAAACUAUACAUUUGUUUUUAAGAAAUUUAAUACUUCCUCCAUCUCGCAAGAGAGGCUUCUAUUUUUUCUUUUAAUUUAUAAUAUAUUACAUAAA